AUGAUUUUAGCUCCUACUGCAUUUAUGGUAAAAUUACAUGAAAUAUCAGUUGAACCUUAUGUUCCACAUGCUGUCUUUGUACCAUUUAUUGGUUUAACAUCUCUACGGACAGAUUCAGGUUUACCACAAGCAAAUACAUCUUCAUCAAAUGAUAAUACUCCUCAAAGUAUUCUUAUUAAUGUUUGUGGUCGUCUUCUUCUAUUACAACAAGAACGAGGUGGUUCAUCAUUAGUUUUACAAAAACCUUCAAAAAAAAAUACUUUACAAUCAGUUACAUUUUUACCACCAGUAAUGAUUGCUGCAUGGGUUGAAAGUAUUUGGACAAUAUCUCAACAAAACUCAACAAAUCCAUAUUUAUCAAAUGCAUUAUGGCUUUGUUGUGGAUUACAUGGAAUGAAAGUAUGGCUUCCAUUAUAUCGUAAAGUUGAUGAACCUAUAUUUCAAUCUCAUCGAAUUAUGCUUACAUUUGGUUUAACAAUUUAUCCGUUGGCUGUUGUUGUGGAAGAAGCUGUUAUACUUGGUGCUAUGGCUGAAUUUGACAAUUAUAAUUCUAAACCGUUUUGCUCGAUUACAAAAACCACUCAAGUCUUUCUCAAUCAUGUCUUUCAAGAAUUAAUUCGAAAAAAUCUGGAUUUUGAUGCAUUACAAAUAGCUCAAACAUGCAAAAGUAUUCCACAUUUUUCUCAUGUUUUGGAAUUACUUUUACAUAAAGUGCUUGAAGAAGAAGCAACAAGUACUCAACCAAUUCCAGAUCCACUAUUACCACGUGUGACUGAUUUUAUAAAAUUAUUUCCUCAAUUUCUACGUAUUGUUUCACAUUGUGCACGAAAAACUGAAGUAGCAUUAUGGCCAUGUUUAUUUUCAACAUCAAUUAUUGGUGACCCAAAAAAACUGUUUCAACAAUGUUUAACUAAUAAUAAUUUAGAAACAGCCGCAUCUUAUUUAAUUAUUAUUCAAAAUCUUGAAAAAAGUGAAAUAAGUCAACAAUUUGCACAAGUUUUACUAGAACAUGCUCUUGAUCAUGGUAAAUGGGAAUUAGCUACUGAUAUUCUUCGUUUUAUUCGUUCUAUUGAUCCACAAGAUUUAAAUAAUGAUGAAUAUAUUCGUACAAUAAAUACUCGAUUCCCACCAUCAACAACAAGUAAUCGUGUAUCAAAUAGUCUCACACAAAAAUCGCCUUUAUCACCACAUCGUGAUACAUUAAAAUUUACUUAUGUUACAAAUAUGCGACAACGAACAUCAAGUGUAGCAAGUACAAUAACAAAUACAUCAACAAUAACAACAAUACCAGAAGCACCACCAUUACCCACAUCAUUAAACACAACUAAACCAAAAACAUCAUGGCCAUCAUCAUCAACUGUAUUAAAUAAUAAUUCAUCAAAUGUAUCAACAACAAAUAGUCCGUUAGAAUCUUCAAAUAAUUCAACAAAUGAAACAAGACGAAGAAAAACAAGUUCGUCAGAUAAUAGAUCACCGAGAAAAGAGAGUGAUACUCAACAGCAACAACAAUUACAAUCACAUGAUUCAUUUGAUAGUUCAUUACCACAAUCGUCAAUAACUCCAUCAUCAAUUCAUUUUAUUCAACGGACAUUAAAUCAACAUGCAUUAAAAGCGAUAAGUAAAGGUCGUUUAAGACAUUUAGGUUAUAUGGCAGCUAAUAUAGGUGAUUUUGAUCUUCUUAAUUGGCUUAAAAGUCAUAAACAUGAACCAGAAUUAAUUAUUUCAAAUUAUCCCGAAACACUUAAAGCACUUCAUAUGGAAUUCAAUUGGCCAUUUCCUGUUUUAGUUUCACCAAAUGUUUAUUUCAAUCCGAUUUAUCAUAAAGAUUCAGUUGCAUCAAGUACGGAUAAUAAUGGACAUCAUUCAGAUUCAGGUCUUGGACCAAAUGAUCGAAAUGGUGAUCAUGAUGAGAAAUAUUCAAGACAAAUAUCGCGUACAACGUCAAAAGAAGAAAUGAAUGUAGAUUUAACACCAAAAAAACAAAGAGAUAUUGUGGAGACAUUAAGUUUAACAUCUGAAGCAAGCUCUAUGCCAAUGGAUAAUGAUAUUGAUGAGUUGCUCAAUAAUCAUGAUAUUGAAAGUCUUAGCCAAGAAUUAGCAAACCGUGGUCCACAAUUAUGUGAAAAACAAAUACGAUAUCUUUAUGAUAUAUUUUUAAUGGCUGAUUGUUAUGAUUGGGCAUUUCUUUUUUCACUUAUACUUAAAAGUCAAGCAAUGAUUACUCAAGUUAUCAAUGCUAUUCGAAUACAAGAUUUAUCUACACAAAUGUUUGCUUUACAGCGUGGUCUUGCUGAAUUAGAAACAUGGGCAGAUAGUGAAUGUCCUGAAUAUAAGUCGUUAUUAUUAUUUGUACGUAAUCAAGCGCAAACAUUAAUUAAUCAACGUCGAACAAAUCUUUCGUCUUCUCAGUCAGUUCCAACAAAAAAACUAGUACAAUCAGAUCAAGAUGAUGAAUUAUUAUCAUUAAAACAAACACAUACAAAUGACAAUCAAUCUGAAACAUCACGAAGAACACUUUCUUCACGUAAUCGUACAAGUUCAGCUACAUAUUCCAAUCAACCAACAUAUACAUUUGAAUCAUUGUCUAUCAAUACACAAGACACGAACAAUAAAAAUAGUCGUGAUACAUCACCAUCUUUACGUACACGUCGUUUUAGUGAUGAUGCUGUUUUUCCUUCUUCAGCAUCAUCAGAGGUUGUUGAACCAUCACUUUUUUCACCUGGUUCAGUUCGUGCACGAACUAUUAGUUCAAUUCAAGAAGAUAAAAAUUUACCAUCAUUAGGAAAAAGACAAAGUUCGGUUUCAACACCACCAGCUGAUCAUCCACCACCUCCUCUAUCACCAUCAAAACGUCUUGAUAUUCGUUUAAGUUCUGGUAAAACAGUUAAUACAAGUGAUUUUAUUCAUACAGAUCAUGAACAUUCAUCAUCUGCUAAUCAUCUUAUUAAUCCACAUAUUGAAGUAUCUCAUCAUCAACAACAACAAAAUCAAUUAUCAAAUGAAACAGCACGAAAUAAGCUUUUACAAUCUGUUUAUGUUAAUAAUACAAAUACGAAUAUUCCUUCUCUAUCAGAAUCGUUAACUAAUGGUACAAAUUAUCAUACUCAUGCUAGUGAAUCGUCCUCCAAUUGUGUUCUUUCAUAA